AAGUUUAAAGAUCCCUUGGAUCCUCAAUUUAUGACCUUGACAGCCGUCGUAUUUUAUUCUGUUUUAUGAUUUCAUUCUUUAAAGUGAAAAAAAUUUGGAUAAAGUUUUAUAUAUUUUUCAAUAUUCCCUGAAUUGGUAAUAAAAACAUUACCACAACUAUUUUCAGAGGUGCAAGUUGUGAUUUCUCCUCACCUGGUUUUAUUGUUUUUAAUUCCAGUUACUCGAUUUAAAAUUGGUGCAGAUCGUUAAAAUAAAUGAUGGUAAAUGCGUAAGAUUUUUUUUUUUAAUUCCGGCGGAUCAACUUAUGUAAACAUUAUUCUGAAAACAUUUCUCCUCUGCCGUCCACUUGUUGAAUAAUAUCGCACCGAUCCUUGCUAGUUCGUAAACUAUCGCAUCCGUUACCCAUCUCUAGAAGGACAAGGAAUUUAGGUAGCGCGAAUUCCGCCCGCUUUGCCUGGAAAACCACCCCUAAAUGACCUUCGCACUAGGUAGCCCUCAGCUGGCCGUUGCGACGGCACAGAAUGGUUAGUAUUCCAAACACCACGAUCGAAAACACAACUCACAGAUGACGUCGUCCGCAACAGAUACAGCACCCACUGCCGCUUCCUUGCUGCAACUCAAUGAUGAUGUCCUGGCUUUGAUCGUCCGCCAGCUGAAUGUUUACCAGCAGUUCGAGAUCGGCAGGUUGAAUAGGCGCUUGGAGAGCAUUGUGCAGAUGCUUUGGAGGACCCGAAGUCGCAGCGUUGUCCUGCAGGACGAGAUGUUCCGACGAUCGGGCACCAAUUCCCGGCAGUUUCUGGCCUUCAUCCUGGCCCUGGCUCCCCACAUGGAACGCCUGAGUUGCCAGCACUUGGAUGUCCGGAGAUUGCGACUCCUGAGCAGUCACACCUUGAAAGGAAUCCACUCCUUGGAGUGGCUGGGCGAUGGAAAUCGCCGCGGACGCGUUCGCUUCGUGGACGAGGAUGUUCGACUGCUUCGGCGGGUAUUCCCGAAUUUAAGGAGGCUUAAACUGAGGGGCUGCCAAAUCACUGGGAAAUAUCUGUGCGACCUGGAGCAACUCACCGAACUCUGCCUGGAUGACUGCCAGUUCCUGGAAUCCCAGCACUUCAGGGAUCUCUUCCGCCUGUUGAAACUACGUAAAUUUGAUAUAAUGGAGGAUUGUGAUGAGGUGAACUGCUGUGAUCUCGCCGAUCUGCAGUUGUGCCCUACUCUGGAGCACAUUAAAAUAGCCGAUUACCAUUUGUGCAUGGAAUCGGACAUAACACAGCAACUCCUUCAAUUGCCACGCCUGCAGAAACUGUCGAUUUAUUCCAAGAACUUUGUUUUCGAUGUUCUGUCCCGUAUAGCUCGUCCAAGCAAUCCUCCCGGAGCAGCCAGACUUAUAGAGGCAUUUCGCUUCAGUGGGAUCCUCCAUGAUUAUGGAAGAUUUUUCAGAGAGCUUGCGAAUCUCAGACAGCUCACGCGUCUGGAGCUGCAUGGCCAGGCGGAGGAGGACGAGGGUGGUGAGUUGCAAUGCUUGGAGGAUCAGAUUCUGCGACAACUGGCCCAUCAACUUCGCGAGCUAACCGAACUCCAUCUGUGUGGUUAUCAGUUGGAAAGUCCUUUGGGCCUACUGGAAUUCGUGAUCAAUUGCCGCCAGCUGAAGGUCCUGGAUAUCACCCGAUCUCGGUGCCACGGAGAGUCCUUCAUCUGGAGCUGCAUUGCGGUUUUGUCGAAACAAAGAUGGCGCAGUCAGCCCUUGGAGGUGUGGAUCCGGGAUAGCGAUAUUAAUCCGGAAAUAGUUCAAAGUUCGCGCUGCCUAGAUAACGUUAAGCUCAUAAAGAUAGAUGCGAGGCAGAUCGGACCCAAUAUGGACUAUACAUCCGGUGUACUGAAGUUCAGUUUUGUGCGGUGAUCGAUACCUUUGUACAGUGUAUCUCAUUUACUGCUCAGAUUCAUUUCAAAAAGUUUUAAACUUAAAUCUAGCUAAGCAAAUUUCCAUUUAU